UUCAAAUCGAGACGUCUUACAUACAUCAAUGGGAAAGUGGACAGAUAAAUUGUACAUUACUCACUCGGAAUGGAGCGGUGAGGUUGGACAGCAUUCUGCAUCAGCAGGAUCAGUAGGAAAGCGAUCUUCGGAUGGCUUCAAGCGAUUGCCCUUCUACUGUUGUUCGCUCUCCUUACAACCUUUCGAACAUCCCGUAUGCACGUCAGAAGGCAUCGUGUUUGACCUCGUCAACAUUGUGCCAUACUUGAAAAAGUAUGGCACCAAUCCUGUCACAGGCAAAAAGUUGGAUGCCAAGGAUCUCAUCAAACUCAACUUUUACAAGAAUGAAAACGGUGACUACCAUUGUCCUGUAACAUUCAAAGCUUUCAGCGAACAUACCGCCAUCGCUGCUAUCAAGACUUCAGGCAACGUCUUUGCAUACGACACUAUAGAAAGACUUAAUGUCAAGGCAAAGUACUGGAAAGAUCUUGUUACGGAUGAAGCCUUCACUCGGAAAGACAUCAUCAUGAUUCAAGACCCUCACAACAUGGAAAACCGAGAUUUGUCGACGUUUCAUUAUAAGAAGAAUGAUUUGAAGGUGGUCGAUGCCGAAGCUGAAAAGGAACGAAAUAACCCCUUGAGUAAGAUCAACCUGACAGGAAUGACGGGACGAGUGUUAGCAGAAAUGACUGGGAAGACCGACAAGGUAGCCGUAACGUCGUCCGAUGACAAAGAUUCACCUGCUUCUCCCAGUACGACGGUGGCCAAGCAAACCCCCAAAACCCCAGCGGCGUCAGUCCGAACCAAAGCAUCCACUCCCUACAAUGCUGCACAUUAUUCCCAAGGUCAUGCUGCUGCCUCACUGACCUCGACUGCAGUUGGACCCGUCACUAUCAAUGAAAGUGCUUUGAUAGACGAAGAGGAGUUUAUGUACAAACACAUCAAGACGAAAGCAUAUGCAAGCCUGCAGACCAAUUUAGGAAAUCUCAAUAUCGAACUCUUUAGUGAUAAAACUCCCCGCACAUGUCAUAAUUUCAUUCAGCUUGCAAAGACGGGUUAUUACAAAGGUGUUCCAUUCCACAGAAGUAUCAAGAACUUUAUGAUUCAAGGCGGCGACCCGACAGGCACUGGCCGCGGAGGAGAAUCAAUAUGGAAAGCCAAAUUUCCAGAUGAACUUCGAGGAAGUCUAUCUCAUAAUGAACGUGGUAUUUUGAGCAUGGCUAAUAGCGGCAAGGAUACCAAUGGAUCGCAAUUCUUCAUCACAUACCGACCCUGUACACACUUGGAUAUGAAGCAUACUAUCUUUGGAAAAGUUGUUGGUGGAUUGGAUGUACUAAAUAAGAUGGAGGCAAUACCCGCAGAUGAGGAUGAUCGACCUGAGAAGCCAAUCAAGAUUAAAGAUAUCGUCGUAUUUGUGGAUCCUUAUGAAGAGUAUCACAACAAAUUGGAAAAACGCCUUAAGAGACAAGCAAGUGGAGAGUAUGAGCAGGAAAAGAAGGAAAAGGCUAGACUUCAACGAGAACAGGAUGAUGCCAUGGGAUGGUUCGGACCCAACAAGAAGAAAAAUGGCACUGCCAAACCCACCACUUCUAUUGGUAAAUACAUUGGAGACGCUAGCAAAAAGCGUGAUACGAUAGGCGAUGGCGAUGAUGGAUUACCACAGUUUUCAGAGAAGAAGAAGUUGAAAAGUAACAGUAGUUAUGGAAAUUUUGACAAUUUUUAGUCAAAGAAUAAAAAAUUCUGAAUCCCAAAAAAAAGUGACCAUCGUGGUCACUUUUAUUUCCUGCCUUUGAA